GUCUUGCAAAACGUGUGGGUGCUAGAGUUUUGAUCGCUAGUACUUCUGAAGUGUAUGGAGAUCCGAUGGAGCAUCCACAGUCUGAAACUUAUUGGGGUCACGUUAAUCCCAUUGGGCCCCGGGCAUGUUACGACGAAGGUAAACGUGUUGCUGAGACCCUAAGUUAUUCGUACAUGCGACAAGAAGGUGUGGAAGUGCGUGUCGCUAGAAUUUUUAAUACAUUUGGCCCGAGAAUGCAUAUGAACGAUGGAAGAGUCGUAUCCAAUUUCAUUUUACAAGCACUUCAGAACGAUUCUAUCACUAUUUAUGGCAAUGGGAAGCAGACAAGGUCGUUUCAAUAUGUCUCCGAUUUAGUAGAUGGUUUGGUGGCAUUGAUGUCCUCCAAUUAUACGCAGCCGAUCAAUCUCGGGAAUCCAGUCGAGCAUACAAUUGAAGAAUUCGCAACCAUCAUCAAAGAUUCAGUGGGGGGUACCAGUAAAAUAGUCGAGUUAGCAGCAGUAGAAGACGAUCCCCAGAGAAGGAGACCCGACAUAAGUCGAGCGAAAAAAUUUCUCAAUUGGGAACCAAAAGUUUCUCUGACUGAGGGUCUCAAGAAGACGAUAGCCUACUUUGAAAAAGAAUUGAAAAAAACAAAACAUUCACAGAGAGACGUCGUGAGAAUUCCAUACGUUAAUGAUCAUGACAUUGUAGAACAAUUAUGAUUCAUUCGAAAAAGAUUUAAAAAAAUGAUAAAAGCGCGAAGAGACGUGGGAAAAUAGUGCCAAAAAGACUAACAUGUUAUUAAUUACGUCAUUCUGAUGUGUGUUUUAUGAGUGAAAACAUUUAGCAAUGUCCAUUCUCAUUUUAAUUGUACUCACUGUAAAUAGUAUAACUGGCAAAAUAGAUUGUAUGUUAUAUGCUAAAUAUGAAAAUUGUUCCGGAUUUUAUCUAAAGAGUUGAUUGGUGGUAAUCUGUGAAGCGUGUGGGCAGUAUGACAGGGCGCGCGUGGUCGUGGUCUCUCUCAGUGAGUGUAAUCGUACCAUCCGGGAUGGUUUUGACACUAGAAUUUUCGAAAUUCAUCGUGGAAAGUAUUGAGUCAAUUUAAGUUUUAUUCAUACAUUUUUUCUUUAUUCUAAGAUCGAGGGGGAUCCUGAAGAUCUUUUUUCACCUGAAUCUUUCGAGGUUCAGAUAAGGGGUGGAGGAAUUUGGUUGAAUUUGAUACAGUAGAAAUGAUGAAAAUAUCAAAGAUCCAUCAAUAUAGCGCAAGACAUUUUCAACAGUUGAAUGACUAUUUCACGUGUUGCGUACGUUUAGCGUUGCAUCCAUUGUGGCAUCACUCUAACACUGAUAUUCUUUGAGAUCAUUCUUUGAACUCAAUUAUAAACUAUGUUGAAUUUCAAUAAUCGUGAAGUUAAUCAGCCAUUAAAGAAUCGUAAAAAAUUCAUCUGUUACAUUUUACAACUUUACUAAUGUAUACAUAAAGCUUGCGAAAUGGCUAUUGAAUCUCCAAUCUUCCAUAUCCAUUCUUCCUACAAUUCCUCUUUCUUCAUCUAUUGUUCUAGCAAUUCCUCCUUUUUUUCUCCUCAUUCGCAUGAAAAAUCUAUGAGUUUGCACAAUACGUAAGUCCGCUGAGGUCAAGAGAAAUAUCUAUAGCCGUUUGACACACUUGCAUUAUCCCUUCUUCUUUAAUUACCCUCAACUUAUUAAAAUUCUGUCAUUUUACGUAAGUUUUCAUAUUUCUCAUUCAAUCUAAUUUACUACCAAAAAGUUUCGUUCGAAAUUUUAUUCGUUUUAUCCUGUGCAACGAUAAGGCCAUUUAUACUUUGCGGGUCCAUUGUCCCCACGGGAGAAUUUUCCCCAGGGCAAAACUACCAUCGAUUCCUUAUCUGAAGCUAUGAAAGACUUCCCUUCUCUCCAUUCACUACAAUUGAUACAUGCCAACGAAACUUUGACACUGACACUCCUUUUCGCCAGAAUCUAAACGGAAUGAUAAAUGUUUAUAUGAUGAAAUAAAAAUCUCUGCCUCUGUUA